GGGUCACGUGACGCGUCCACUGAACUCCAAGAUGGCGUCUGCUGUGCUACAACGUUAGCGAGACCAACGAAGCUCCCAGUAGUACUAAAUAAAACAAAACAAAACAAAACUUAGCGCUUCUGAUAUACAUAAAUAAAAAAACAUAUGUAGCUAAACAGGCGCGAGCCCUUUAAUGGUCUGAUUAAUAUCUUUUCGACAACUAGCGUGCUGCCUUUACGUGUGUGUGAGCCCGGUAGCUACCUGACUAUCGGUUGAAGUUGUAUUUAAUGUUGUUGGCAUGUCCGUAAACGUUUUACUUUUUCGUGGAUCGGCAUGGCAUUGAGAGAGCUGAAAGUUUGUCUUCUUGGGGAGACUGGUGUUGGAAAGUCAAGCAUUGUGUGGAGGUUUGUGGAAGACAGCUUUGACCCAAACAUUAAUCCAACUAUUGGGGCGUCCUUCAUGACAAAGACGGUUCAGUACCAGAAUGAACUGCACAAAUUCCUUAUCUGGGAUACAGCGGGACAAGAGAGGUUCCGAGCCUUGGCACCGAUGUACUACAGGGGCUCUGCUGCCGCCAUCAUCGUUUAUGACAUCACGAAAGAGGAGUCCUUUCAGACACUGAAGAACUGGGUGAAGGAGCUGCGGCAACAUGGCCCCCCCAACAUAGUCGUGGCCAUUGCUGGCAACAAAUGUGAUCUCGGUGAUGCCAGGGAAGUGACAGAGAAGGAUGCCAAGGAUUUUGCCGACUCCAUCCAUGCCAUCUUUGUGGAGACCAGUGCCAAGAAUGCAAUUAACAUUAAUGAGGUCUUCAGAGAGAUAAGUCAGAGAAUUCCUGUCACCGAUGCCAGCGGAGGGGCAGCAGGAAAGGGCUUCAAGUUGCGGCAACAGCCAUCUGACACACGCCGCAGCUGCUGCUGACCCCCCACACCUUUCCCAUCGCACCGCCGCCCCCCCCCCCCCCCCCCCCCCAGCUCCACCUCUCUGACACGGAAUGGAGAUCCCUGCCGGAUCCCUGUCAGGGAGCCCCUUCACCGCACUAUGCAUGUGUAUAUGGCCGUACGUUUGCUCCGGGUGGGGGUUGGGGGGGUCCUUUUGCCCCUCCCCUUAGAGAUGUGUGUUAAUAUUGAAUGUUUUUGGGCCUGUGGGGAGGACAGUUGGCAUCCGCACAGCAACGGUCAACCAGCUGAGCACAAACUUUCUUCGCCCGAUGUUGACACUCUCUGGAGCUCUGACAUAAGACCGCAUUACCGAUGCCCAUCCAAUCCCUGACACACAGCCGGUCCCUCACCCAGGUCUUUGAACCUCAUCAUUUUAAACGAGCUGCACGUUUCCAGCUGCUCGACUCUAACAGUGUGAGCAGACCUUUCAUGCUACAGAGCCUCCAAUCCUCGUCCCCCUUUUCCAAUUUCUGUUGGACUAGUAAUACUUGAGGAAAAACUAACACAAUCAGAUUUAAUCCUGCACUAUUCUCUUCAUAUCCCAUAAACCCAGCUUCUGGCUUCUGGCAUCAUAUGCCUGCAUUUGGCGUCAGCAGUCUCUCCACAUCAGCUACAGGCCUUGCACUGUUCGUUUUCCCUUCUCCUCAUACUCUUAGAUCAUUUUCAGCUUGUACAAGUUAGGCACAGUGUUGUCAAUUUGUAUUGCGCCGAAAUGUCCUGCUCUGAAAAACCAAAUCUUGGUCCAGUUUUGAUCCGGUCCUCACGAUGGACAAAAUAUCAAUUCUGUCUAUAACACCCUGCCUUCUGUGCAUUAUUACGUCAUAAGGCCGCGUUUAGCUGGUGGAUCCCUGGUUCCGGAAGGAACGCAGCAGAACUGUGAGGUUAUUUGUCAGUGUCCCCAUGUGGUCAAACGCCGAUGUGACGAAUCAGGGAGCUCGACACAGACAAUAGUAGAAAAAGUGCUGUGACUUUCGUAAAGGGAAUAUGACUGAACUAUUGAGACUGAUAAGACUGAAUUGUUCUGACCUUUUAUUUUAAAAACGCUUUUUUUUUUUACACAGUCUAAGUUAUCAGGUAUACCAGUUUGCUCUUUGCCAUCAGCUGUCAUGGUUUUUAAACUGCUGCACUUUAAAAGAAAACUGUCUUGGCAAAUUAGAUUGUACAUGGAAGGUUUGACAGAUGCGUCAUAGAGAAAUGAAGUGCUUGGUAAUCUUUCCAUACCUCUUCUCAGAGAAGCCUAUGCUUGGAGUUUUCUGGUUUGCGUCUUCGGAUCGUAACAAGUCUGGCUUGUAAGCAUGCUGACCAGACUCACAGGCUGCACAUAUAUAAUGUGAUCUCCCUUCCAAAUAUUUAAAGGUUUACCUUAUGUCAGCUUUAAUAGUCAGUAGAAAAGACCCUGGAAAUGAAUUAUCCUAUUGUGGCUAAGAAAGUAACCUUUUCCUCUUUUACAGUAUCCAUUUGAUCGGGAAUGUUUUUAAAAUGGCAUUUUAACUGUGUGCAUUUGGUAAUUUUACCCCUUAGAUCCCUUGCUGGGUUUUACUGCGAUUUUACUAGAGAAAGUAAUUUGGUGAGGUCCUGCCAAUGCUUUAAUUGUCCCAUAAAUGUUUUUAUCUUUCUUUCUUUUACAGAAUAAGUGUUGGCCCUCACAUCCAGCAAAUGUGGUUUUAUUAUCUGGCUGCAGAUGAAAAGCUAAAUAUUGGGAAACCUAAGAUGUAACAUUUAGAAGGUGGACAAGCCUUGGAUAUCAAAGGUUUUAAUAAAAAAAAAAAAAACCCGUCAGACGAUCAUUUUGUCUGACACAGGUUACUAGCGAACUCUUUUCCCUGGGUUCCAUAUUACAUUGUGUGCUGUGUAUGACACGUUGGCCUCGCAUCUUCAGUUCUCCUGUGAUCAUGCUUGUAAAAUCACAGGGCUGUGUCUUGAAAUGUACAGAGGCAACAGUUAGUUGUUAGUUGUCACAGCUGAACUAAGAAAGGGGAUUCUGGCAUGCUGGUUAGCAACGGCUGUUAGAGAACAGCUGAUAUGGUCUUAAUAUAAUAGAAUGUGACAAGCACUUGCCAGAGGUGUAUGUCUCUGAAUUUUCUUCCUAAAGUCCUCUUUUCUUUCAUCUGCAUUUGGUUUUCACUCGGACUGCCUCUCAUCGCCGCUCAUAUUUCACACGUGCUUCACGUAGUGUUACACUAUUCCUGAUGUCAUUUGAGUGUAACCUCUGCCAUUUCAGUCGCUCUUUUUAUGGAAGGUAGUCUUGGAUUUCUAAGAACCAAGGUGCAGCUAUGUCUCUAUGUCCGUUCUGAAGAAAUAUACUUCAGGUUAAGCUUUCAAUGAUAUGGUAAUGAAGGAGGGUUUUAUAAGUACCGUGUUUCUCUGGGCUUCGACAUCUAGACAUCAUAUUUUUAAAGCCUAAUUUCUAGCGUGGUGGAUUAUUUGUAGCAACACGUUUUUUUUUCCCGAUAUAAUGACAAUAACACGCUACACAAUCUUUCCAUUCUCAGAGGGUAGUGUCAUUUUACAUUACAUAUAUAUACACACAGAAACAACGUAUUCUAAUGGGAACACAGCCAAGUUAUUUUGGUUUGCUACAUUAAAGAAAUAUAAAUUCUAAGGAAAUAAUACAGUAAAAAAUGUUUAACAUUUUGUGACUUGUUAAAUGAUUGGGGGGGGGGGAUAACGAUACAGUGAGCCCUCAAAGCUGUCCAGUAACCCAGUUUGAGGUUAGCUGUACCAGAACCUGACCUUUCCCAUGAGCCAGGGUUGGGGUUACUCUGACUUGCAACACAUUUCUGUACAUUUUUGACUAAUUUUACUUGCGCUUCAUCCAUUUUAUCAGCCUAAAAUGGUUUGUUUUUCAAAGAAAUGUAUUCAAACUUUCAUGCAAAAAGAAUUAUCCAGUUUUACAAGUGUAGAUAAAAUAAGCUUUAAAAAAAGCUUAAAAUAUCUCUGGUACCACUGAGUCUAUUGCCAAAAUGUAGAAUGAGCAAAAGAUGCUUUGGGUGACUGACAUUUACUAAAAAUGAAUUUCCUUCAAUAUUAGACAUUCUUCUCCUUGAAGACUUUUUAUUCAUCAUCUUUUGCAGCUGCAAAAAUACUGCACUGAUGAUCGGAGAUUAAUUGAAUUUAUCCAGCUGACUCGUGCAUUUUUCUAUUUAAAAAUGGCUUUGCAUGUCUGGGUAUUUGAGCCUUAAUUCUUUUUUCAUAUUCCUAUUUUAUAUUUUGGAAGCAAUGGACAUUCUUCGUGCCAACUUAAAACUGUCUUUAAUAUAAAGAAGUAGCAUAGCAUUCUUUUAAAGUAGGUUGCAAUCACAAUGCUAAGUGGUGGCAGGGUUUCCUCAGUGCAUAACAGUUGUCAUUGUGUGCAGUGUCUGUGUCCGUCUGCUUUGGUCUCGGACGGAUAUAGCUUCAGCAAACGCAACACUAGCUUAAAUUGUUUACUAGAGUAACUUUCAGAAGUUUCUAAAGUAUUGUUUGUAUGUGGCUUACACUGUGUUCUGGAAAAUCAUCCACGAGUCUGUCUUAGGCUGGACCUGAGAGUUUUCCCCUCCCUUCUGCAAAGUCCCAGUUAAUGUUGUGUACUGUUCCAAUGUAUAUACCAUUAAAAAUGUGGAUGAACACUUACUAUAUGGUCAAAGUACUAUAUGAUAUUUGCAAUUAUCUGUUUUUGCCACAGAUUAUAUGACCGCAUUUGCACCUACGAUUUUUGUCAUAUUCAGCUUUAAUAUUUUUACUAUUUCAUGAUAAGUGGGAGACAGCCUUACAUAACUUUUAUGUUACCAUGAAUGUGUAAAAAGGGAGAUGUCAAGUUGUUUACUAAUAAAGAAACAUAAAACUUCCAA